AUGGCCGAAGCUGCGCGCAGCGUCAAGCACUACGUGAGCGACUGCCUCCCGGAACGCUAUCCAUAUGAUCCUAAAAAAGGGUUUGCAGGUGAACGUUUGCGGGAUGCCGGAAAGGUUUUCCGUGGCUUUCUCCCCGUUACCGUGGACAUUUCUCUAGAAAGCCUCAGCAACCCGGUGGUGUGCGAGGAGGAGCGCAUCAAGGCGGUGCAUCACCUCUACGCCUACUCCGCCUCGCAGGAGAUGAAGGUGGAGCUUGUCCAGAAGGGUGUCGUCCCCCUGAUUGUUUCGUUGCUUAACCGAGAGCCUGUGUUGGGAAUUUUGGAGCAUCAGUGCUUUAUGCUCUUGAGGUCGCUUUGUAUCAUUCCACAGGGAUGUUAUGCAGUGGUGUUCGGUGGCGGGCUCGCCGCGGCUCUUGACCAGGCAACGAAGCCGGCGAAUCCUAACGAUGAGGUGCCGGAGCUCGACCCGAGAGAGGCCGCCCUGCAUGUGAUCUUGCAGAUAGCGAGUGACUUUGCGGGGGUGCGCUGGUUGAUGUAUCCGGAUUCUCACAAAGAGUUUAUUCUCGCGGAUGUGGAGUACCCGUGUGCUACUAUGGCGUAUGUUGAGAAUGUUUUUAGGGUGUUGGCGAACGUGCUUGAGAACGAACCCAUGCACACGCGCUCCGGCCUCUACGCGUUAGGGAGUUUAGUGCAUAUGACGGCUUUCCAAGCCAGCGCUGAGGUCUGCAUCCGUGGCGCGAAAUGUGUGAUUGAUGCUUUGAGUGCGCGUUUGGGCGCCGUCGCCGAGGCCGUACUCAAUGAGGAGAUCCUGCCAAAGGAACACUUUCUGUUUUUAGAGCGCCUCUGCGAAGUUUUGUGGAAUAUCGCUCUCGUGGAGGAGGGGUUAGCGGUGCUGGAGCAGAAGCAUAUUCCUGAUUUGCUCUUCGUGUUGUUCGAUGGGUGUCGGCAUGACGUCUCCCCUGAGGCAUUGGCACUUCAGCGCACCCUGACAGGGGUGAUAUCCGCUAUGUUCAAGUUGCUAGACGUUAAGCUACAUAUUCUUCAGACACUCAAGGGUGGGCUCACGCAUGCGGAGGCGCUUCUAGCUUAUUUGGAUACUCUUAACCGCACCAUCGCAGAGGCGGACAAAGAGGAUAAAAAGGUAAAUUUGUAUGAUGCUGGCGCGGCCGUUAGAAAUACCAUUAUGGCACUGCAGCUUGCGAUGGAGGCCAAACAGCAACGCGAUUUAGCUCGAGUCUUUUUAAAAAAACUCAGUAGUGAAAAUGCAGAGGCAUCUCGUCAAGUGGCGGAACAAUUAUUUCAGAAGACAAGAUGGGGAAAGGAAUUCGGUUUACCCUCUUCCGUGGAAAGCUUUCUUGCAUAA